AUGGAAACUGCCGGAGAGUGCGUUGUUGUCCUCGAUGGCGCUAAUGUAGCAUGCCAAAAGGAUGGAAAAGUUCAAAUUUCUAAACUAGCAGCCGCCAUUGAGUAUUUUCGGUCCCUCAAGAUUAGCGCAGAUUGUUACUCCGUCAAGUGCUUGGCCUUUGCUCCCAACUUUUGGCUCAAUGUGAAGCCCACAUCUAAUCGAAGCACACCCAGCGAAUCCGAGGCAAUAGAGGAUAAUGAUCGGGCGCUGCUCUGCAAUUUGGUGCAAAAAGAUUAUGUGAUUCUUACGCCGUCGCAGGCUCAUGACGACUUUUACGUCAUUGACUACGCUGUGAAACACAACGGGUUUAUUGUUACGAAUGACUUGUUCCGAGAUCACGUCGCAAACAAGAGAACUUUUCGCGGUAGAAGGCUGACAAGCAAGUGGGUUCGCUUGCACUGCAUCGACUUCACGUUCGUCGGACGAGAAUUUAUGCCAAAUCCGCGUGCAAUAGAGCGUGUGCUCGACUUCAAUUCAAAAACAAUGGAGUUGCUGCCUCUUGCUACUUCGAGUGCUCAUUUAUCGCAAUCAGGUGUUCAGACAAGUUUGCUGAACAAUGAAGACAAUUCAAACGUUGCUGACGACAAAGAUGGUGAGGACGAGAUGCUAAUUGACCAUGCGGCUGCGAAGUCUAGCAAAAACAUCGAUUUGUCAGAGGUGACUUACUACAGAGUUCCACGCGAAUUGCUGCCAAUUCUACACGGCGAAGGCGGAGAAACGAUGGACAAAUUUCAAAGGUACACAGGAACGUACAUCGUACUACCCUCGUACGCGGUUUCAUCGUAUUCUUCAAUAACGGCGCAGUCGAAUGUAUUGACACUUUCAAUAUAUGGUGCGGAGGCAAGUAGGCAACAAGCAGUGGCCCACCUGGAUGCGUUUCUUGUCCAGAUGCAGUUUCAAUCACAAAACGGUUUGCUGCAACAACAACAUUACUUGACAUCACUUAAUCAGACACAGAUUCAUCCUCGGCAGCAGCAAUUUGCCGCAAGCAAUGAAACUCAAGAUGACAAUAUGAUGGACGUUGAUCUCUGUUAG